ACCCCUGAAUCUGCCCGAGAGCCGUUCCCGUCCAAGCCGUGCCUUUUCGCCAGCUUCAAGCGAGUGCCAUUAUGAAGAUCAAGUUCGUGCUGCUCUGCCUGGCUCUGCUGCUCGCCUUGUCUGCCAUGAGUGAAUGUCGUCGAGCGGAUGGGGACCGUGUGGAUCGGUCACCCGGCGCGCGAGUUCGAAUCCUACCCAAGGUUCCGCGACUAAAAGGAAGGGCAUCCACUCGGGGCAUCGGUCUCCUCCUGCAGGAGCCAGAAGUCCUUCGAAUUACUCAAGGACUGCUGCCCAAAAGUCCCUGCAUAGGAAAGUGUUUCAGGCAGACAAAGUAUGGGUGCGAAAUGAUUGCCAUUUGUAUUUUCAGUGGUGCUCCAGACUCAAUAUGGUGAAGAAGGAUGUGCAAUAGCAUUAUCAACACUGUCUACGGUUAGUGUGAGGAGAGACUUUGGAGACAGAGAGAGAGAAACAAAAACAGACAGACUGACUUCGGAAUAGAUAUAUGGAGUGAUGAAUGUAAUCAUUAGGAAGUAGUUUUUAAAAGGAGGUCUAUUAAGAUCUCCAUGCAUUUGAAACAACUGUUUGUUAAAAUUGUUAUGACCGAGUGAUAACAGUUUAAAGCUCUUGAAA